ACUCCAGGCGGGUGUACGAGAUUCUACGGCUGAGGGUGACGAACAUGAGCGAUGCAGUUCAAAGCAGUCAGUACCGGCUGGAUGUGAAACGGAGGCUUGCCAUUCCAUUUAAGAAGAACAAGAAAGAAGCAACACGCCUUUCUCGAUUGAUGCCAGAGGAUUGGCUCGCCCAGCAGGCGGAGAUGACUUUAAGCCAGGAACAGGAAUAUUUGGAGGAGACCUAUCAGAACACUGUAGAGCAGUACAGACAUAUUCUGGAGCGCUUAGCGCGGAUCUAAUCAUUUUGCAAUUUUUUCCCAUUGUCCGUGUGUGUGUGUGUGUGUGCGUGCGUGCGUGCGUGCGUGUGUGUGUGCGUGUGUGUGUGUCUGUGCGUGUGUGUGU